AUGAUGACAAAGAUCUACUCGAGGGCAGAGUCCGUAGCUGUCUGGCUUGGCCCAGAAGCAGACCGAAGUUCUGACGCGGCCGACUUUCUCCUGAGAAUGACUCAACACUCGGGAUCACCAGACAAGAUUACGAAACUUCUUUCCUCCAAAAGUAACGAGAGAGACAUCGCAGCAGCCGUCUCUCUUUUCGAAAGAGACUACUGGAAGAGACUGUGGGUGGUACAAGAAGUCUUCAAUGCACGCUCCGUCACUGUCUAUUGCGGCUCCAACAAGCUUCCGUGGGAUGUCUACAGAGAAGCGUCCAACGUUUUCCAAAGACACAAGGGUGACUUGGACUACUACUUUCCUGGAAAUUCCCAGGGCCGGACAUACGCCAGAGCAGCACAGAACCACUUCACCUACUCCCAGAUUUUGACUUAUCAAGGUCCUGGAAGUCUUCCAGACAUCCGGGCUUUGAGACACUAUGGGGAGGAUUCUCUUCUGGAGGUUAUGCGCGUCUGUCGACGGAAAUUCUCCGCUGAUCCGAAAGACAAAGUCUUCGGAAUCUUGGGUUUGCUCACGGAAGACGUGCGCAAGGACUUCCCAGUCGACUACAGUCUAUCCGUCAAAGAAAUCUACACGGACGUGGUAGACUUUCUUAUAUCAACAACUGGACGUUUCGACGUGAUUUGCGAGGCCAUUCACUACCCGCCUCACAUGAACACUGCAAAUCUACCCUCGUGGGUCCCAGACUGGUCUCACAUUCCCGACACCGUUGCUUUGGGCGCUAUGGGCUUUGAGCCGCCCUUCUCCGCAUCGCAACGCAAAGAGAUCAAGUUUUCCUUCAAAGACGAUCGUCGAAACAAGAUUGAAAUCACCGCUCUUGAGAUUGACACCAUCCGCACUCAUGGCAUUGCCGUCGGCACACUGUGCACACUGGCAGACUAUGUCAUGGCUUUCAUCCACUGGAGAGCGCUUCUGCUGGCGACGUACAAGGCCGACGACCUCGAAGCUCAACACCUUUUCUGCAGGGCACUUUGUCUCAACCAAGUGCCUCGAAAAUGGGCCAAUUCAUUCGACUGGGUGACGGCCUGCUUCCAUGUCUUUGCGUCGUUGAUCCGAGAGAGGUUGCCGCAUCUGCCUCUUGAUCAGGAACUUGAGAAGUACAUUGAUGCGAAAACUGAUAUCAAGCCUGACGCUCGUCGGAGAUUCCUUCAGGAACACUUCGGCUCUCGGAUGAUGGGUCGAUGCUUUUACGUAACUGAGGGCGAUCGCAUUGGCAUCGGAUCUGGAUUCAUGGCUGUUGGAGAUACGGUCGUCGUCCCGCUUGGCUGCUCCACGCCAGUGGUCCUUCGCCCUGAGGGGUGUCGCUCAGAGUGUCGCUAUGUUGGCGACGCAUACUUGCAUGGGUACAUGUAUGGCAGAGCCAUAGACCAAUGGCGUAAUGGAGACAGGAAGGCGUCCAAGUUUGUCCUUCACUAG